ACAUCCAGACGCCAAAAAUGGCAAACCAACUCCAUUCUCCUCCAUCUUUCUUUAUACCCUUAAGCACAAUUUUCUCCUCCUCUUUCUCUUUCUUCUUCUCUCGAUCCCUUCCCCCAAUUGCAUGUUGGGUUAUGUCAUGGCAAUCCCAGCUGCUCUUGCUAUUCUUCCUCUCGGCCUUCUCUUCAUUCUUUCUGGCCUUGUUGUCAAUCUCAUUCAGGUAGUUUUCUACAUCCUUGUUCGUCCAAUGUCAAAAAAUUUGUACAGAAAAAUCAACAAAGUAGUUGUAGAGCUAUUAUGGUUGGAGCUUAUAUGGCUUAUUGAUUGGUGGGCUGGUGUCAAGGUGGAGGUGUUUGCUGCAGAUUCAGAGACUUUUGAGUUAAUGGGUAAAGAACAUUCGCUUGUCAUUUGCAAUCACAGAAGUGACAUUGACUGGCUUGUUGGGUGGGUCUUGGCUCAGCGCUCGGAUUGCCUUGGUAGCACACUCGCUGUCAUGAAGAAAUCCUUAAAAUUCCUACCCAUCAUAGGUUGGUCAAUGUGGUUUUCGGAUUAUGUAUUUGUGGAAAGGAGUUGGGCGAAAGAUGAAAGAACAUUGAAGUGGGGUCUCGAGAGACUAGAGGAUUUUCCUCGGCCGUUUUGGUUGGCACUUUUUGUAGAGGGAACCCGCUUUACGCACACCAAACUCUCAGCAGCUCGACAGUACGCUAUUUCAUCUGACCUCCCUAUCCCUACGAAUGUUUUGAUUCCUCGUACCAAGGGUUUUGUUGCAGCAGUGACUCAUAUACGCUCAUUUGUUCCGGCGGUUUAUGAUAUAACCGUGGCCGUUCCCAGAGAUCAGCCUUCCCCUACAAUGUUGAGAAUUCUUAGUGGGCAAUCUUCUGUGGUAAAUUUGUACAUCAAGCGACACACAAUUCAAGAAUUGCCAGUAACAGAUGCAGGCAUCGCACAGUGGUGUAAAGAUACAUUUGUAGCCAAGGAUGCUUUAUUGGAACAAUUUUUUACCACGAACACAUUUGGGAUUCAAGAAUAUCACAACAUUGGUAGACCAAAAAAAUCCUUAUUUGUGGUUAUUACUUGGUCUAGUCUCCUUCUACUUGGCCUUGUUAAAUUCUUCCAAUGGUCAUUGCUCCUAUCUUCUUGGGAGGGCAUCACAUCUCUAUUAGCUUUCUUAGUGUUCAUCAUAGUCGUAAUGCACAUUUUGAUUCUAUUUUCUCAAUCAGAGCGAUCAGAUCAUGUCAUGGUUCGACCGUCAGAUCGAUUGAAGGAGAACCUUCUUCCGAAAUGACCAUUUGAAGACCUUACUUUAUGUAUAUUGUUGUUUGGCUACCUAGAAAAUGUAGCAUAUGUAACAUACUUCAUAUGUGAUAACUUCUUUAGUUUCCAAUAGAGG